CCUGGGCUGGGGCUGGGCGCCGAGCCUGCAUGGCACGGCAGUGCCGCUCGCCAGCAGCAUGAACGAGGAGGCGGCCCAGAAGAGCGACGGCGGCGAGAAGUGCAACGGGGGGGGCAGCCAGCGCAGGAAGAGACCCAAGAAGUCUGAUAGCAAUGCAAGCUUCCUCCGAGCUGCCCGAGCUGGCAAUCUGGACAAAGUAGUGGAAUACCUGAAAAGUGGAAUAGACAUCAACACCUGCAAUCAGAAUGGACUCAAUGCUCUGCACCUGGCAGCCAAAGAAGGCCACGUGGGACUGGUACAGGAAUUGCUGGAGAGAGGGUCGGCCGUGGAUUCCGCCACUAAGAAAGGGAAUACAGCCCUGCACAUUGCAUCCCUAGCAGGACAAGCUGAAGUUGUCAAAGUUCUGGUGAAGGAAGGAGCCAAUAUUAAUGCACAAUCUCAGAAUGGCUUUACUCCUUUGUACAUGGCAGCUCAAGAGAACCACAUUGAGGUGGUGAAGUAUCUCCUGGAGAAUGGAGCCAACCAAAGCACAGCUACUGAGGACGGCUUCACUCCUCUGGCCGUGGCGCUGCAGCAGGGGCACAACCAGGCGGUGGCCAUCCUGCUGGAGAACGACACCAAGGGCAAGGUGAGGCUGCCGGCCCUGCACAUCGCCGCCAGGAAGGACGACACCAAGUCGGCGGCGCUGCUGCUGCAGAACGACCACAACGCCGACGUGCAGUCCAAGAUGAUGGUGAAUAGGACGACUGAGAGUGGCUUUACACCUUUGCACAUCGCCGCACACUAUGGCAACGUCAACGUGGCCACGCUGCUGCUGAACCGAGGAGCUGCCGUCGACUUCACAGCAAGGAAUGGAAUCACCCCCCUGCAUGUGGCUUCCAAAAGGGGAAACACAAACAUGGUGAAGCUCUUGUUGGAUCGCGGAGGGCAGAUCGAUGCCAAAACCAGGGAUGGACUCACCCCGCUGCACUGUGCUGCAAGGAGCGGACAUGACCAGGUUGUGGAGCUGCUCCUGGAGCGAGGUGCCCCUCUGCUCGCACGGACCAAGAAUGGACUGUCUCCCCUGCACAUGGCAGCCCAGGGGGACCACGUGGAGUGUGUCAAACACCUGCUGCAGCACAAGGCCCCCGUGGACGACGUGACGCUGGAUUACCUGACCGCCCUCCACGUGGCCGCGCACUGCGGCCACUACCGUGUCACCAAACUCCUCCUGGACAAGAGAGCCAACCCCAACGCCCGGGCCCUGAAUGGUUUUACUCCACUGCACAUUGCCUGCAAGAAAAAUCGCAUCAAAGUCAUGGAACUCCUGGUGAAAUAUGGGGCUUCAAUCCAGGCUAUAACAGAGUCGGGCCUCACACCAAUACACGUGGCUGCAUUUAUGGGCCACUUGAACAUAGUCCUCCUUCUGCUGCAGAACGGAGCCUCUCCCGAUGUCACUAACAUUCGUGGAGAGACUGCGCUGCACAUGGCGGCACGUGCCGGGCAGGUGGAAGUGGUGCGCUGCCUCCUGAGGAACGGGGCCCUGGUUGAUGCCCGAGCCAGGGAAGAACAGACCCCGCUGCACAUCGCCUCCCGCCUGGGUAAGACGGAAAUCGUGCAGCUGCUGCUGCAGCACAUGGCCCACCCCGACGCCGCCACCACCAACGGGUACACGCCCCUGCACAUCUCCGCCAGGGAGGGCCAGGUCGAUGUCGCCUCCGUGCUCCUCGAGGCCGGCGCCUCCCACUCCAUGUCCACCAAAAAGGGAUUCACGCCGUUGCACGUGGCAGCCAAAUACGGGAGCCUGGAAGUGGCGAAGCUCCUGCUGCAGCGUCGUGCCUGUCCCGAUUCCGCUGGCAAGAACGGGCUCACGCCGCUGCACGUGGCCGCGCACUACGACAACCAGAAGGUGGCGCUGCUGCUGCUGGAGAAGGGCGCGUCGCCUCACGCCACCGCCAAGAAUGGAUACACCCCUCUGCAUAUUGCUGCCAAGAAAAAUCAGAUGCAGAUAGCCACCACUCUGUUGAACUAUGGGGCCGAGACCAACAUUUUGACCAAGCAGGGAGUCACCCCGCUUCACUUGGCCUCCCAAGAGGGUCAUGCUGACAUGGCGACCUUGCUUUUGGAGAAAGGAUCCAACAUCCAUGUGGCAACAAAGGCUGGACUGACAUCCUUACACCUUGCAGCUCAAGAGGAUAAAGUGAAUGUAGCUGAAAUACUCACCAAACACGGUGCAAACCAGGAUGCUCAGACAAAGCUUGGUUACACACCUUUAAUUGUGGCCUGUCACUAUGGAAAUAUCAAGAUGGUGAAUUUUCUCCUCAAGCACGGAGCAAAUGUCAAUGCUAAAACAAAGAAUGGGUACACCCCUCUUCACCAAGCUGCUCAGCAAGGUCACACUCACAUCAUCAAUGUCCUGCUCCAGCACGGGGCCAAGCCCAACGCCAUCACCACGAAUGGGAACACUGCCUUAGCCAUCGCCAGGCGCCUGGGAUACAUCUCAGUGGUGGACACGCUGAAGGUUGUAACGGAGGAGAUCACCACCACCACAACUACUGUAACAGAGAAGCACAAGCUGAAUGUCCCCGAGACCAUGACUGAGGUCCUGGAUGUGUCGGAUGAAGAAGCCUUUAAACACUCUGAUGAUGAACCCUUCAGUGAUGGGGAAGCAUGUAAUGGCACAGGUGCUGUUAGCAGGAGUUCGUGGAGUGAUGACACAAUGACAGGAGAUGGGGGAGAGUACCUUAGGCCAGAAGACCUCCGAGAACUAGGAGAUGACUCUUUACCAAGCAGCCAGUUCUUGGAUGGUAUGAACUACCUGAGGUACAGCUUGGAAGGAGGACGAUCGGACAGCAUCAUGCCCAGCCUGCGGUCCUUCAGUUCAGACAGGUCCCACACCCUGAGCCACGCCUCCUACCUGCGGGACAGCGCCAUGAUCGACGACACCGUGGUGAUCCCCAGCCAGCAGGUAACAACUCUGGCCAAAGAAGCUGAAAGGAAUUCCUAUCGCUUAAGCUGGGGCCCUGAAAACUUGGACAAUGUGGCUCUUUCUUCCAGCCCUAUUCACUCAGGCUGCAUGUCUGCAAAAAAGGAGGCUGGAUCCUUGCUAACAAGAUGCUCUUCUCCAUGUCUUGAUCUUGACAACAGCAGCUUCCUGGUGAGCUUCAUGGUGGACGCCCGCGGCGGUGCCAUGAGGGGCUGCCGGCACAACGGGCUGCGCAUCAUCAUCCCCCCGCGCAAGUGCACGGCCCCGACGCGCGUGACCUGCCGGCUGGUGAAGCGCCACCGGCUGGCCACCAUGCCCCCCAUGGUGGAAGGGGAAGGACUGGCCAGCCGCCUCAUCGAAGUGGGACCUUCUGGGGCACAGUUCCUUGGUAAACUUCAUCUGCCUACGGCUCCUCCCCCACUUAAUGAGGGAGAAAGCUUGGUCAGCCGAAUCCUUCAGCUGGGGCCUCCUGGGACCAAAUUCCUUGGGCCUGUGAUUGUGGAGAUCCCCCACUUUGCUGCUCUGCGUGGGAAGGAGAGGGAGUUGGUGAUUCUGCGCAGCGAGAACGGGGACAGCUGGAAGGAGCACUUCUGUGAAUACACUGAGGAUGAGCUGAAUGAAAUCCUCAAUGGGAUGGAUGAAGUACUUGACACUCCAGAGGAGCUGGAGAAGAAGCGGAUCUGCCGCAUCAUCACCCGGGAUUUCCCUCAGUACUUCGCCGUGGUGUCCCGGAUCAAACAGGACAGCAACCUCAUCGGGCCCGAGGGAGGGGUGUUGAGCAGCACUGUGGUGCCACAAGUGCAGGCAGUCUUCCCAGAAGGGGCUCUAACCAAACGAAUCCGCGUUGGCCUCCAGGCUCAACCUAUGCACACUGAACUUACGAAGAAGAUUUUAGGCAACAAGGCCACCUUCAGCCCCAUCGUCACGCUGGAGCCCAGGAGGAGGAAGUUCCAUAAACCCAUCACGAUGACGAUUCCCGUCCCCAAGGCCUCCAGCGAUGGGAUCAUGAAUGGCUACGGAGGCGACACGCCCACUCUGAGGUUACUAUGCAGCAUAACAGGAGGAACCACCCCUGCCCAAUGGGAAGACAUCACCGGGACAACACCACUGACGUUUGUUAAUGAAUGUGUUUCCUUCACAACAAAUGUGUCUGCCAGAUUUUGGUUGAUAGACUGUCGACAGACACAAGAAUCUGUUACUUUUGCUUCCCAAGUGUACAGAGAGAUUAUCUGUGUCCCCUACAUGGCCAAAUUUGUGGUGUUUGCCAAAUCCCACGAUCCCAUCGAAGCGCGGUUAAGGUGUUUCUGCAUGACGGACGACAAGGUGGAUAAAACUCUAGAACAACAAGAAAAUUUUGCUGAAGUUGCCAGAAGCAGGGACGUAGAGGUAUUAGAAGGAAAACCCAUCUAUGUUGACUGCUUUGGCAAUUUGGUGCCUCUCACAAAGAGUGGGCAACAUCAUAUAUUCAGCUUUUUUGCCUUCAAAGAGAAUAGACUUCCUCUGUUUGUUAAGGUGCGAGAUACCACUCAAGAACCCUGUGGACGAUUAUCUUUCAUGAAGGAGCCAAAAUCUACAAGGGGCCUCGUUCACCAAGCCAUAUGUAAUUUAAACAUCACUUUACCCAUUUACACAAAGGAAUCAGAUUCAGAUCAAGAACCAGAAGAGGUUGACAUGACGUCAGAAAAAAAUGACGAGACAGAGUCUACAGAAACAUCUAUCCUGAAAAGCCAUCUGGUUAAUGAAGUCCCUGUACUAGCCAGUCCAGACCUGUUGUCUGAAGUUUCUGAGAUGAAACAAGAUUUGAUCAAAAUGACUGCCAUCCUGACAACUGACCCUUCUGAUAAAUCAGGCUCCAUUAAAGUGAAAGAUCUUGGAAAACCUGCUGAGGAAGAGCCAGGAGAGCCUUUCGAAAUAGUUGAAAGAGUGAAAGAGGAUUUAGAAAAAGUAAAUGAAAUUCUGAGAGGGGGAUCCUAUACCAGAGAAGAACAUGUUUUGCAGAAGUCCCUUUCCAAACAAGAGCCUGUAGAAGAAGAAUGGAUCAUUGUCAGCGAUGAGGAAAUUGAAGAGGCCAGAAGAAAUGCUCCCUCAGAAGUGGAGCCGACCGGCGUAGAUGUCAGGGUAGACAAAGGGACAGCAAAAAAGGGGAAACCAGGCAUGGCAGGAAAGGUAGAGGAUUUAAAAACACACGUUUCUCUUCCUGAGCUACAGCCAUCAGCCUUACAAGAGGGCUUAGUAGAAGAGAAGGUUGAAACUGUAGUAAUAAGCAAGGAUUCUCAAAAAGGAGGAAAAGAAUCUCCAAAAACUGGAAAGGAGCAACAGAAGGCAGCCUCAGAAGUUAAAAAGCCCGUCAGGACAAAACUAAAAGAGAAGCCAAAGCCAAAGGAAGGCAAGGCGCAGAGCAGCGGAGAAAAGCUGAGACUACCAAAGCUCACUGCAGACGAGUCGCAGGGCGGGGAACCUGGCCUGAAGGUGACAGCUGCUCCGGAGGCUAAAGCCGUGUCCCCUGUUAUAGAGGACACUCCCAUUGGCUCCAUAAAAGAUAAAGUGAAAGCUCUUCAGAAACGAGUGGAAGACGAGCAAAAAGUCCGGUCCAAACUACCUGUCAGAGUUCCAGCAAAAGAAAGCCCUGCCGAGAAGGCACCUAAGAAACCAGCACAAGUCAAGAAACCGGUAGCACAGAAAGCCCAACCACCCGUCUCGCCUUCUUCUAAGACUGAGAGACUCGAAGAGACCAUGUCAGUUCGUGAGCUGAUGAAAGCCUUCCAGUCAGGGCAAGACCCAUCCAAGAACAUAUCUGGCCUGUUUGAGCACAAGUCUGUCAAACAGAAGCAACAGGCCCCCGAGAAGGAAACAACCCGGAGGAAAACAACUCCUUCGCAGAGCGAAACGAGGCGAGUCACAAGCCUCAAGACAGACAAACAGAAGGACAAGCCGAGCCCGGUGUCAAAAGCAGAGAAAGAGCCGCAACCCAAAAAAGGAAAAACGCAAAUUUCUACCACUGAAACCACCAAGAAAGCUGGUGGUAAAGACCAGGCGAAAGAGCAGAGCAGCAAAAAGCCAGUGGAACCUCUCCCUCCUGUAGUAGUUGAUGCAAGUGCCAAAGAAAUGGCGUCUGGGAAGGGCAGGCCUUCUGAUGACCUAGGAGAUCCUGACUUCCAGAUCAGCCCUGACAGGAAAACCUCAACAGACUUUUCUGACGUCAUUAAAGAAGAACUGGAGGAUAAUGACAAAUACCAGCAGUUCCGACACCUCUCGGUGACAGAGGAGGGAGAACUUAACUUGGAGCAAGUACUGACCAGUCCUUUCGGUGUUGCUUUUCCCACAGAGGAUGGGAAAGAUGGAUUCCUUCCCGCUCUUUCUCUGCAUAGUGGUGCUUUUGAUGGGAGCUCAGAGAGCCUUAAACACGAAGGUGUGGCUGACUCUCCAGGCAGUCUACUUGAUGGAACCCCUCAGAUCAGCUCUGAGGAAAGUUACAAGCACGAGGGUCUUGCAGAGACUCCAGAAACGAGCCCAGAAAGCCUUUCAUUCUCACCAAAGAAAACUGAUGGGCCAACUGAGGAAGCUAAAGGAGCGGCUAGAGCACACGCAACAGCUGAAACAUGCUCUCCGAAGGAAGUCUCCUCAAAGGAAGAUGAAAAAGGUAUUACUGAGAGGCAGCUAGAUGCUGUUACUGAGACUAGUAAGUCUCAUUCUGACCAUGUAUCAGAAGAGCGUGUACCUACAGCCUCUGAAGAAGAGGCUGAUAAACUUAAAGAAAGUAGCUCAGCUUCCAUUAUGAAAGAUAUUAGCAGGGAUAAAGAAUCCAGAACCACUGCACAUGUCACUAAGUCUUCUGAAACACAUGACACUGCUUUAGAGAAAGAAAAAGAUAUAACCUGUGAACGCCGUGUUGCAGUUAGAAGUCCCCAGAAAUUGGAACUUUCACUUGCUAGCCAUGAUAGUGAAGGCGUUAGCCCAGUUGCAGAUGACUCUUUGACUAUAAGUCAUAAAGACUCCCUGGAAGCAAGCCCAGUGCUAGAAGAUAACUCAUCACACAAAACACCCGACUCUUUGGAGCCCAGUCCUAUGAAAGAGUCUCCCUGCCGUGAUUCCCUUGAAAGCAGCCCCGUAGAACCAACAGUGAAGGCUUGUAUUUUGGGGCAGGGUCCUCUGCAGCCUGUUCUUAGCAAAGGAGAAGGCUGCCCAGAGCUGGCAUCGGUGCGUUCCAGGAUUCUCCGUGACCCCGAGGGAAGUGCCGAUGAUGACAGUCUGGAGCAAACAUCCCUCAUGGAGAGUUCGGGGAAAAGUCCCGUUUCACCCGAGACUCCUAGUUCAGAAGAAAUUAGCUAUGAAAUCACACCUAAAACGGCAGACUUGCAGUCACUGUCAAACAUACCAAAAUCGGCCACAAUCCCUGAAGUCAAUGAAGAGCCAGAGGAUGACUCGGAAAGCGAACCGAAGAAGAGAUUCACCCCCGAAGAGGAGAUGUUUAAAAUGGUGACCAAAAUCAAAAUGUUUGAUGAAUUGGAACAAGAAGCAAAGCAGAAGAGAGAUUACAAAAAGAAUCGUAAGCAAGAUGAAUCUUCUGUAGCUGCCAGCUCAGAAGCUCCAUGUGAAACCGAAGCAUCAGAGCCAAUGGCUGUAGUAGAAAAAGAUGUACCUACAGUAGUUACACCUGCAGCUGAAUCUAGGAAAAGCUCUUCCUCUUCGGAAAGCGAGCCAGAAUUGACCCGGCUCAAAAAAGAAGCCGACUCAGGCCUCUUAAUGGAGCCUGUGAUCCGAGUGCAGCCACCCUCACCUUUACCAUCCAGUAUGGACUCCAGCUCCAGCCCCGACGAAGCAGGUUUCCAACCCAUUGAUUCCCAACAAUGCUCUGUCGGGACAGGUGCGGUUAAAGCAGAAGGCAAAGGUGACAAAGAGGAACCGCUUGUCCUUGGGCGCAGCUGUGAGGUUUCCACGGGAGAAUCAGGCACUUGUCAUUCCGAUGGUUGUGCUGAAUCUAAAUGUUGUGGCAGUACAGGUGACUGUGAGACAGUCACACGACCUGGGGGUACUCUCUGUCACUCCAUUGGUGACAGUCCUCAGAAAGAAGUUCACGCUGAGUCUUCGUUAACACUCGAGCAAUACGAAGCUACCGAAAAGGAUGUCGAACCCACAGCAUCAUUACACAGAGAUCUCAUUUCUACAGGAGCUGUGUCAGAGAAGGCAGGGGGCCUUUCUUGUGGGCAUGGUACCACCCAGUACUCUGUACCACAAGAUGGCAAACUGGCCGAAGAUGAUACCACUGACCAUUCUGCUUUGGGAAGGGAUUUGGGAAAAGCAGAUACAGAUUUUGAAACAUCUCAAAGAGAUAGUCCUGCUGAGGAACCCUUACCAAAGUAUCCAUCCCUUACCACUGAAACAGUGGAACUUGACAGUUGUGUAGCAGAUGCCACAGAGAGUAGUGCUCCAUAUAUAGUGAGCCCUUAUGAAAAUGUGUCUUCUGGACAUUUCUUUAUUGACUCUGAAAGUGAGGUAGGGUCUGGUAGAAGUCUGCUCUCUAGGGAAACCUGUUCUGUUGCAGAAGGGAAAGAUCAGAUGGGUGAAGCUUUACUUAGGAGAGACACAGGCAGUGAGUAUUGCUCUUCAGAGGAAGUGUAUAUGGAAAUAGAGCCCAAAUCAGAGGAUGGAUUUCAGACAAUGUCACAAGAUUCCACGCAAUUAGCUGAAUCUGCCCUUGAGGAUAUAAGAGAUGAAACAGAGAAAUUGAUGGGUCACGUUGUCAUCACUAGAACAGAUGUGGAUUCUGACAUGUGGAGCGAAAUACGUGAAGACGAUGAAGCUUUUGAAGCUCGGGUGAAAGAAGAGGAACAAAAGAUAUUUGGGUUGAUGGUAGACAGGCGAUCGCAAGGCACAACCCCUGACACGACACCGGCCAGGACACCCACUGAAGAAGGGACGCCACUCAGUGAACAAAACCCUUUUCUUUUUCAGGAAGGCAAGUUGUUUGAGAUGACUAGAAGUGGAGCCAUUGACAUGACCAAAAGGAACUACCCAGAUGAAAGCUUUCACUUCUUCCAGGGUGGGCAGGAGGCUCAGGAAGAAGUUUCAUUAUCUGAAGAAGUGAAAGAAGCAGCAGAGGAGGAAUCUUCGAAGCUGGAGGGCUCGCUGAACCCAUUUGCACCUUCAGAAUCAGAGGAGUCAGAUAUACCAGAAAAAGACACAGUGAAAUAUUCACCCCCGUCACCCGAGUCUAGUGAUAAAUCAGAAGAAAUGACGGGUGAAGGUGUCAGCACGGGCACCUCAAAAGCAGAUCUUAAAUCCAGAAUUCCAAUUAAAAUGGGUAUUUCAGCUUCUUCAAAAUCACCAAAGAAAGAAACUGCUGCCUCUGAAGCUGAGCCCCUCUCCAGAACAGAGACCGACCCGGUCGAUAGCAGUCAGGUGCCUUGCCCCAUCUCUCCUGAGCAGUGUGCGGUAGAAGAUGAAUUAGAUUUUUCCAAAGUCACCAGAUCAGUUAGUUCCGAACAGGGCGAGGAGUCCCCGGACUCUUCCCCAGAGGAACAGAGAUCUGUGAUUGAAAUCCCCACUGCUCUAAUGGAGAGCGUGCCUUCUUGUGAAAGCAAAUCCAAAAUCCCUGUCCGAACAGCUGCCACCGCAUCGCAAUCCUCGCAACAGUCGGAAAACGAGAGCCUUUCCCCGGACGACUUCCUAGACAGUUCGCAGUGUGACGGAAAAGACGAGCAAGCAAAACCAAAGUCUAAAAUUCCCGUCAAAUCCGCUUCCCAAAAAGCGGAACCACAGUACACCUGCGCGGACACGUCUGCCCGCAAGCUGGAGUCCCCCAAAGCUCUCGACAUGACGAGCGCUGUACCUACGAAACAAGAUAACCGGAGUAAAUCGGAAUCUGAUGCGAGUAGUCCCGUGGACCCAAAGGCUAAGCGUUCAGUCAAAGCUAGGAGUUAUGCUGAGGCGGAAGCAGAGACCAGAGAGAGGGAGAGUGAGAUGAAGUUUGAGCUAGACUCAGAUGAGGCAGCAACAGCAAGAUCGAAGGUAUUUUCAUCACGGUUGCCAGUUAAAAACAGAAGCACUACAGGCUCCCGCGGUGCUUUUAGUCCCACGAAAGAAAGUAAGGACCAUUUUUUUGAUCUUUACAAAAACUCCAUAGAGUUCUUUGAAGAAAUUAGCGAUGAAGCCUCUAAAUUAGUGGAAAGACUCACGCAGUCAGAGAGAGAACAAGAAUUAGUUUCAGAUGAUGAAAGCAGUAGUGCCCUAGAAGUUUCAGUUAUUGAAAAUGUGCCAUCCAGUGAGACUCAGCAGUCAGUUCCUGAAGACAUCUUUGACACCAGACCCAUUUGGGAUGAGUCUGUAGAGACUCAGAUUGAACGUAUCCCUGACGAAAAUGUCCAUGACCAUGCUGAAGAUCAGCAGGAUGAUCAGGAAAGGACAGAGGAAAGACUGGCCCACAUCGCUGAUCAUCUUGGAUUCAGCUGGACAGAGCUAGCAAGAGAACUGGAUUUCACAGAAGAGCAAAUUCACCAGAUCCGAAUUGAAAAUCCCAAUUCACUUCAAGACCAGAGCCACGCACUCCUCAAGUACUGGCUUGAAAGGGAUGGGAAACAUGCAACAGAUACAAAUCUUACCCAAUGUCUCACGAAAAUCAACCGGAUGGAUAUUGUUCACCUCAUGGAGACCAGCGGCAUCGAGUCCACGCAGAUCCACGGCACCCGCACCUACACGGAGAUGGAGCAGUCCAUAGGACUGGACCACAGCGAAGGGUUUUCUGCACUGCAAGAAGAAGUGUACAGCUCAAGACACAAGCAGGAACACCACAGAAUAUCUAAAGACAGUGAGCCAACCGAACACCCUCCUCUCGUCUCCGAGGAAGAAGUGUCUGCCAGUUAUUCUCCUUUUCAGGACAGUACUCCCAGGAGCGAGGCAGAGGUAUCCAUGGCUGAGCUCCUGAGGCAAGCACAUAAGGAACAAGUAGAAACUGAAUUCUCAGGGAAACCCCAAGACGUGCCAGGAAAACCAUCUGCUUCACAACAUGAAUAUCUGGUCACAGCUCCAGGAACAGAGCAGUCUACGGCACCGGUAACUGGGAAAGCAGGAAGCACAGCCAAGGGAGAGACAGAAAAACCAUCCCCACAGCCCCUGUCGUCUGCACAGAGAGGUGAUUCUCCCAUCAUCCAGGAGCCUGAGGACCCCCAGCUCCACCAGGAUGACCCCUCUCCAAGGAGAACUAGUCUUGUGAUAGUGGAGUCAACCGAUGAGCAGACGGAGAAGUCUGGAAGGGGCCAUGAAGAGGAAUCUUUAGAAAAGGAGGUAGCAGAGGAGUUGGGUGGGCUGGAGAUGAGCUCGGAUGAGGACGAGAUGGUCACUACCAGGGUCGUUCGGCGCCGGGUGAUUAUUCAGGCUGAUUGUAUGCCUGACAUGCCACCAGAAACAGUCACAGAAGAGCAGUAUACAGAUGAACAUGGCCACACAGUGGUGAAGAAGGUCACUCGGAAGAUCAUCCGUCGGUACGUUUCUCCAGAUGGCACAGAAAAAGAGGAAGUCCUAGUGCAAGGAGCACCACAAGCACCUGUCACCCUUGAAGAAGGAGAUGGCUAUUCCAAAGUUGUGAAACGGGUUGUGCUGAAGAGCGACAGCGAGCAGUCAGAGGUGACCCUGUCGGAGCCUGCCGUCGUGCCUAGUGCCUCCAAAUUCCAGUCGGAGCCAGUGGAAGGCCGGAAGGUCAGCAAAGUCAUCAAGACCACCGUAGUGCACGGAGAGAGGACGGAGAAACACCUGGGGGAUGCCAGCUUAGCUUCCGAUCUGCCAUCAGCCAAAGAGGACUUCGAAGAGGCUCUGAGCUAUACAGGUAACCACGUGAAAUUCCAACUGCCUGCUUUAGUAGAGAAAGAAAUCAGGAAAGAAGAUGGAUCGAUAAUUAAAAGGACAACCCUAAGUAAAGCCAGCACUCAGAAGAGGACCGUGAUGAAGGAUCGGUGUGGCAAACGUGUUCACAUAGAAGAGCUGGAAGACACCCCAGAAGCGCUCCCCAGGGAUGACCUCCAGCACGACCUCCAGCAGCUUCUUCGGCACUUCUGCCAAGAGGACUGGAAACAGGAGGCCGAGUGAGAAGCUGCUGCCCACCCCCGCCCCCCCCAGCUCCAUGUCACCCUCCGUCCCGUGCGCUCCCGUCACCUUCCCUGGGGAGUUGACGUCACGACCGACGCUAUCGCCCCGGUCACUGCCAUUUCUCCUCGUGCAGCUGCAGUGAAUUCAGUUCUUACCCACCUUAAGAUCCAUUUUGUGUUUUUCUUCUUUUGUACCCUGUAAGCUAAUUUGUGACCAAAGACAGCAUCCUUCGGGCGGGCGGAUUUCUCCCCCGCCGCGCCUCCUCCUCGGCGGUGCCGCCGCUUCUCGCUGUCCCUUCGCUCCGGCGCUCCUCGAGCCGACUUCAUCCACAGGCCUCUUCCAGUGACUGUGUACAAGGGAGUGCACAUGUAAACUGUAAAUAGACAGAGUAUUUGGACUUACCAGACUGCAGGAAAUACGCUGCCCGUGGCUCCCGUCUCCGUGGCUGCGGAACGGCGACGGAUCGCGCGACAUUGUCCCCGUCUACUGCAAAACACACACAGACUGAGGAGGAAGCGCCGCGCAGCUACCGAGUCCUAAGACUUACGGUUUAGGGAUCUCUUGUAGUUAAAGGCUCUAAGAGUCAGGCUAAAAACCUGGAAACCCAGCUGUUCACAUGAGUAACAGCUGCCUGUGGCCAUUAAUACUGUUAAGACCUUCUGACAGCCGCUGAAAGAUUUCCAGAAGGAAAAUCCAAGAAAUAAUACCCCAUUAGGUAACAGAGUUGCUCCCAGCUAUAGCUAUGGCACAUCCCCGUGCAGUGUUACAGCCUAUUAGAUCUGGACCUGGGGCAGGGCGUAUUAAACAAUUCCAACUCCGGUAGUUUCCCGAUUCCGUCACCGCUUAGCCGACCUCACCGACAGACCGGUGGUACUUCCUGCUGGCCACUGCACUGUAGAUAACUGCGGGAAAAAGACUUACCCACUAUACAGGGAGAAUAACUAACUCACCGUGUUUUAUCGAGAUUGCCUCUUAGCUGAGCCGUGCAUGUGGCAUUCCAAGGUCAGAACCAAACCCUCCUAGAACCAUGUCAGCUUCUCCGCCCUCUUAGCACUGAGCGAGCAGUUUUUAUCUUCCGAUCGAGCGUUUUUUAAAGAACAAGUGCUCACAAUCCUCGGCAGCCAGUUUCUGUUCAUAUUUUGUUAUGUAACUAUAUAUAAUAUAUAUAUUUCUAAACCGACCCUCUGAAAAACCACGAUAGCAUGUCUGCACUUUUAUUUUCCGAAAAGGGAACAUAAGGAUCUGAAGCUUUGGGUGUUCUAUACCUUAAUAUUUAAUGGAGGGAGCUCCGUAGGGUUUUAGCAUCACACACGUACACACAAACACACUGACUUAAUGUUUUUAAACAGCUGUUAAUUCAUUUUUUAAUAGUAGAUUCGACACCAGAGUAAAACCAACCCUCUCCUCUAGGAGUAAUCCUUUGUCCGAGCUUAUCUGGCCUUCCGCAGUUAUAGGGUUCUUUGUUUUUUUAACGACUCACUCAGUGCUCAGAACAAGGGCACUUCCUCAUUAAGGUAAUGAUGCCAAAAGCAUGGAAACAUCUCUGCAGUUCUGGCUUCCUGCGGGCAGAACCACCUGAGGUGCCGUGCUGACACUUUUUUGGGCAGGCAAGAAAAAAUUAAAAAAAAAAAAAUAAAAAGCUAAAAGAAAAAAAGUGUUUUGGCAGCCAAACCGACUGAGACCCGUGAUGACACAUCUCACAGCGCAAUCGUGGCUUCCCUGCCGUCCGAGACGGCGCGGGAGGGUCUUCGAGGAUGGGGCUCUCAAGAAAUGCAUUUCUGUUGUGUUAUUUGCGGUGCAGAUGAUGUUCUGUGUAACAACAUAAUGGUUAUUCACCUCUUAUUUUGAUUUUUUGCUGUGUUAUCGGAGAACUUGAAUACUGUGAGAAGAAGUGAAUUUUAAGUUGACGAAUCAGCAUCUUGUUCCCAUGGUGAUAACACUAAUUGAAUAUAUCUAUGAGGGCAUGUAUUAGUUAAAAAUUAAAAAGAUACAACACUAACAAUACAUAGCUGCAAUGUGUACAAUGGCUGAUUUAACUAAAUAAAAAUGUACAAGUGUUAAAUGUAGAAA